GGUAUCUUUGCAAUUGGCAGUUGUAAUACAAUAGGUUGGCUACUCUCUAUUCUCCAGCACAGCGUGCUAUUUCAUUCCAAUUGGCACCUCCAACCGGCUCACCCGCCCUGGGCCGGACGAGGUGGCUGGGGCUGGGGCCGGGGCUGGCAUGAAGGGCAGUCUGUCAGCUGCCCAUUGAAGAGCUGCAUUGCUGUCAUUCCGACCAGGGGGGUCGCUAGCUGAUAUCACCAGUGAAAAUGUAUGCCUGAGACCCUCGGUAACUUCAACAGCCUACGGUAGGAUUCACCGGUUAUUUGUUUAUGGUGACAGGAUACGACUCCAUGUGGAUUUUUAUUUCUAUACUUCAGUGAGCAGAAGGCUUCAUUGGGCUGAGAAGAUGGCGGGGGAGAUCUUCACUAAUGUGGAUAGCCUGUGCAACGUGGAAUGCACUAACCUGCACCCUUUGGUGUGUCACCUGUGCCACGAGCAGUACAAGCAUCCGUGCCUUUUGGACUGCUACCACAUCUUCUGCGCCCGCUGUCUGCGCGGACAGACCAAUGAAGGCCGCCUCAGAUGCCCCCUCUGUGGGUUCCCCUCGGUGAUAAAGGGGGCCAACGCGCUGCCCCCGGAGGACCCACUCCUCCGGUUCCUGGUGGACAACAGUGCGGACUCAGAGCAGGCGGUGCAGUGCGCUAACUGUGACCACGAGAGUGACCAGAAGGACACCGGGGGGAUGUUCUUCUGCAACACGUGCGCCCAGCCGCUGUGUGGUGCGUGCAGGGAGACCACCCAUAGGGCCCGUAUGUUCUCCCACCACGACAUCGUGUCCCUGGCCAAGCGCGCCAAAGGAACCCACAGGAAGUGCUCUCUCCACGAGGAGCCCUACAUCUUGUUCUCCACGGAGAAGAAAUCCAUGCUCUGCAUCAAGUGCUUCAGAGACAUGCAAGGGGAGAAUCGAACCCACUGCAUUGACAUCGAGACCGCCUACGCACAGGGAUGUGAGAUGUUGGACCAGGCGGUGUUGGCGGUGAAGGAGCUUCAGACUUCCACGCGGGAGGCCAUCGUGUUACUCAGCGCCAUGAUCGGGGAGGUGUGCCACAACGUGGAUGAGGAGGAGAGCGCCAUCUGCUGCCUGUUUAACAGCCUGCAGGAGAAGCUAGCGGAGAGGAAAAAGCUUCUCCUUAAAGCCGCUCAGAGGUACACAACAACAUUAAUGAAGCGCUCUUGGAAACAUGUUUUCUGUCAUUGUGCAGCCAAUGUCACAGUGUUUACCAAAUAGCUGGCUAUUAUUCUGCUGUCACUGGCUCUUUGUGUAUGUUUGUGUGUGUGUGUGUGUGUGUGUGUGUGUGUGUGUGUGUGUGUGUGUGUGUGUGUGUGUGUGUGUGUGUGUGUGUGUGUGUGUGUGUGUGUGUGUGUGUGUGUGUGUG